CUCCACGCCAUCGAUGUCGUCGCACACAUUGGAGCAGAUCCGCGCUGCCCAUGAAGACAUUGAGACCUACGAGCGCGCGAUUGUCAGCAUCUUGAGCGAGAAGCCCCGAAACCAUCGAGCACGAGUGUUACACGGCCAUAAAGUGAGCAAUCUCCUGGACUGUGUCACAGUGCGCAGUGCAGACGCUCUGAAAUUGUACAAAGAUGAAGAAGGCACGCUGAAAGAAGAGAUCGACACAAUGCAUGGACGCACGAUCUUCACAUCGUUCUACGACCAACUGAAAGCUAUGCGCGAUUUUCAUCGCAAGUACACAAACAUUCAAGUAUCCCAUGAACCAGCGCUGGACCACGUCAUGAACCCAGAGAUUUCCUUUUCCGGGGAAGAGCGCUUUGGCAAGUAUUUGGACCUCCAUGCGUUCUACACUCAGUACUUGAAUCUUCCUCUCUUUCAAACCGUGAACAAAAAGGCAGCGGCUGACACAGCCAACGUCGUGCGCGGACGAACCCCCGAGUACAAGCAAGUGCACGCCGACUACAUCACGUACUUGAGUCGCGUGGGAGACUUUACCAAGAUCCCACAGCGGGCGAAGCUUGGUGACCAGCGCUAUGAGACGUAUUUGAAGGACCUGGUGGCGUAUUUAUUGUCGUUUUACCGACGCACGCAGCCGCUCGUGGAUGUGGACGACGUGAUGCAGGAGACCAAGGUGACGUUCGACAAGGACUGGGCGGCGCGACGAGUCCGCGGGUGGGAGAUCGAUCCGAACGAGGACGACUCGACCUUUUGUCGGGCGUGUCAAAAGCAAUUUGCUUCUGCCGCUGUGUUUGAGGGCCACUUGAAGGGCAAAAAGCAUUUAAAGGCUGCCGCUGCUGUCAACGAAAUGGACGGCGAGUCGUCGUCGGUCGACGCGCGUCGCGAACGUUUGGCAAACCUCGAAGUCCAGGUGAAAACCCUCAUGUCGCUGCUCACGGAAGUGGUUCACGCCACGAUUACGUUUCUCGAGCUCAAGCAAACCCGAACGCCGGAGGAGCUCCAGGCCGAAAUCUACGAAGACGAAGAAGGCGCGCUGUCCGAUGUCGACGUAGACAACGACCCGACGAACGCCGACGACGACGAGCAGCCGUUUUACAACCCUCUCAAUCUGCCCCUCGGAUGGGACGGCAAGCCGAUUCCGUAUUGGCUGUACAAGCUACAUGGCCUCGGCAUCGAGUUCAAGUGCGAGAUCUGCGGCAACCACAGCUACUGGGGGCGGCGCGACUUUGACCGGCACUUUCAACAGUGGCGCCACGCGUUUGGUAUGCGGUGCUUAGGCAUCCCGAACACCAAGCACUUUCACGACAUCACGCUCAUGGCGGACGCGAUUGCAUUGUACGAAAAGCUCAAGAGCCAGCUCGAGAUCGAGACGCUGAACAAGGCCAACGAAGAAGAGUUUGAAGACUCGGAGGGAAACGUGUUCAACCGCAAGACGUACGAAGAUCUGGCGCGGCAAGGCCUGUUGUAGCAUAUCGCGUGGGAUGGCUCUGAAAUACGUUUGGGUUGUGAUUAGUCGCUGUCGUCGUCGAGGUAGAUGACGUUCGACAUGGCCGCCGC